AAUUCAUCCAUCUUGAGUAAACACUCUGUGGCGAAUGAUUACGGGGAUAUCGACAUUGCAACGACACCAGCUGACUAUUUACUGGAUCCUCAAGAGCUCAAGGAAGAAAAGAGUGUACUGCUUGCUACAGGAAGCGCAGAUCCAUAUGCAUAUCUUUAUAACGUUGGAGAAGAUAGCGCAGAGUUGAUGCAGCGAUUAGAAGGCCACACAGAUCGAGUGUAUGCAGUCAAUUUUCAUCCUACUGAACCUAUCCUUGCCAGUUGCUCGGCUGAUUUUACGGUCAAACGUCAGUGGUUAACCUGGGUAAAGACCAACUUCUCCUUGAACGUGAAGCGAAUUAUGAUAGAUUGUAGUUCUGCUGAGACAGCUGCAAUUAGAGACGUCUUUGAAGGCUCUGUUCAAAUUUUCUUGUGUCAUUGGCAUAUCUGGCGUGCAUGGGGCAGCAAGCUUAAGGCUGUAGCAAGGCCUAAGCAUACUCAUGGCAGUCAACCCAAACGCAAAAGUAUUCGUGCUUGUCUUGGUUUGUUGAUGGGUGCCUGUUCUGAAGAAGAAUUUCUUAACGAAGAGCAAUUCUUUGCUUAUUUUAGAACAAGAUGGUUGGUCAAAAAGGAGCUUUUCUGUAAAGCCUGGCGACCAAGUGCCUCUUUCCAUACCAACAACUUGAUUGAAUCAUAUCACAAUCAAUUGAAAACAUUCUACCUUGGUCGCACUCGACACAGUCGCUGCGACUUUUUGAUUAAUACCUUGCAAGAGACAUUGAUGAUCGGCUAUCGUCAGGAGACUUUAAAAUGUUUGUACGGUUUUCAAACUGUUAAAUUAAGCCCAAAUGAUAUGAAGAAGAAAAGAUUGGCAUAUGCUCUUGACGAAGGCACUGCUACAAGUAUGGUUCAGCGCUCUGAAGAUGACGAUGAUAUGUAUGAUUGUAAAUCAUUCGCUGACGAUUACAUUUGGUACGAAAUCGAAUUAAAAAAUGGCCGCCUCUUCCCUCUUCUAUUAGUGGCUGAUGUUCCAUAUACUCUUCGUUCUGGUAUUGCUGUUGAUACCAAUACUGUUAGCCUCAGUCAUGAAGAACUUGCCGUAACUGAAUUGGCAGAUUCAAUUGAUAAGUUUGAGAAUUUAUACAUAAGCGAUCUUAGAAGAAAGAAGUUGAUGUAUAGUUUACGACGCGAUAAAUUGGAAGUUAUUAACCAUGCCGCCAAAACAUCAUGUUAUAUGAUGAAAGAAGCUGCCGUUAUUCCUCAAACAUUUCCUGAACGUCAAAGCUAAGUAUAUUUUUUUAUUAGCAUCGUACUAUCUUUUUACUUUUCCUAUAUAUAUAUUAUUAUCUCAUAUUUUUAAAUAAACAAUAACCCAAUAUUUCUCUUGGAAAAAAAAAAAAGAAGGCAAAUGAAUCAACGUCUUUUCACUGUCUUGGUUAUUCAUAUUGCAGUAAUAUUU